AGUACACGCCGAGCUAUCAAAACGUUAAGACGCGCCUUUUUCGAGGAUAUUUUGCAGUUCAGCUGUUAUCAAAGACGCCUCGGCGCGAGAAAAUUGGCACACAAUGGAUAUAUAAAAGACUUAGUAAAUUCCAAGUAAAUAAUUAAUAGAAUAUAUGAGCAGUGAAAAGACCAUAUCGCAAUAAUUGUGAAUAAAAACAGAAUUAAUAGUAUUGUUUUCAAUUCAAACACUAACGCUCUGUGGCACAGCUGGCAACCCUGUCGCCCCCGCUCUAUUCGCGCUCUUUUGGUGCUGCACAACACCGCGGUGGCAGUGUUGCUUAAGUCGCGACCGCCGUCUGAUUUUUAGCAGCUAAAAAUGUUUUGUGUGUGUUUGUUUAAUGUUUCUGUUGUUUAAGAGCGCAAAACAAAUGUGUAAACUUAAUGGAAAUGAAGUGAAUAAGUGAGCUAAAUGUGUGUGCGCAAUGCAUUUCCUCGUGAAAAGCGAGGAUCGAACCCUGCCGCCCCCCUCACCAAAUUAAACGCGCCAGGAAAUGAGAAAUCAUAAAAGAUUAUGAACGAAUAAAGCGGAAUGUACAUGUGUUUGCCGCCGCAAUGUAUGUGUAACAAAUAACAACAAAUUCUGGCCAUGUUAUCUAUUAGUUGAAGAGUGAAUCCAGUGGCCAAAUAAAACAAAAUAACCAAAAUCGAAAAUGCGCGACAACUAGUGUAAAUUCGUGUUGUUAUUGUUGUUGUCGGAACCCCCGCCUCACUCUCUCUCUCUCUGCCGCACACACACCAUCACACACACGCACGCACGCUCUCCCACAUACACAAACACACGCACACCCAUACAGCAUCCCCGGAAAAUAAAUAAAAGUAAAUAAUAAUAAUAUAAAUCAAAAUUAUUGCGGAUCUUAAGGCUUUGGAUACACUAAAACCACAAAAUGCAGGCCAAAAAGCGUUAUAUUUUGGUCUUCGUUUCCUGCGCUUUUUUGGCCUACGCCUAUUUCGGUGGCUAUCGCCUGAAAGUCUCACCAUUGAGACCCCGUAGAGCCCAGCACGAAUCGGCCAAGGAUGGUGGAGUUCAACCCCACGAGCAGUUGCCCAGCUUCCUGGGCGCCCACGAUAUGCAGGAACUCCAACUGCUGCAGAGCAAUCAAUCGAAGAGUUUGGAUAGCUCCAAGCACCUGGUUACCCGCAAACCCGACUGCCGCAUGGAGACCUGUUUCGAUUUUACCCGCUGUUAUGAUCGCUUUUUGGUCUAUAUCUAUCCACCGGAACCACUUAACUCACUGGGCGCUGCCCCGCCCACCUCGGCCAACUAUCAAAAGAUACUCACUGCCAUCCAGGAAUCGAGAUAUUAUACCAGUGAUCCCACGGCCGCCUGUCUCUUUGUGCUCGGUAUCGAUACCCUGGAUCGAGAUUCCCUAUCCGAGGAUUAUGUUCGGAAUGUGCCAUCCAGAUUGGCAAGAUUGCCGUAUUGGAACAAUGGCAGGAACCACAUUAUCUUCAAUCUGUACUCGGGCACUUGGCCGGAUUACGCGGAGAACUCAUUGGGUUUCGAUGCGGGUGAGGCCAUUUUGGCCAAGGCCAGCAUGGGAGUGCUCCAACUGCGACACGGUUUCGACGUCAGCAUCCCGCUCUUCCACAAACAAUUCCCGCUGAGGGCCGGCGCCACAGGAACCGUGCAGUCCAACAAUUUCCCCGCCAACAAGAAGUAUCUGCUGGCCUUCAAAGGAAAGCGAUACGUGCAUGGCAUUGGAUCGGAGACGCGCAACUCGCUCUUUCAUUUGCACAACGGACGCGACAUGGUCCUGGUCACCACCUGUCGCCACGGGAAAAGUUGGCGGGAGCUGCAGGAUAAUCGCUGCGACGAGGACAACCGGGAAUACGACAGAUACGACUACGAGACCUUACUGCAAAAUUCCACUUUCUGCUUGGUGCCGCGCGGACGUCGUUUGGGUUCCUUUAGAUUCCUCGAAGCCUUGCAGGCUGGUUGCAUUCCCGUACUAUUGUCCAAUGCCUGGGUGUUGCCGUUUGAAUCGAAAAUCGAUUGGAAGCAGGCCGCCAUUUGGGCCGAUGAGCGGCUCCUGCUGCAGGUACCCGACAUCGUGCGCUCCAUACCGGCGGAACGCAUCUUCGCCCUCCGCCAGCAGACGCAGGUCCUGUGGGAACGCUACUUCGGAUCCAUUGAGAAAAUCGUCUUCACAACAUUCGAGAUCAUACGCGAACGUUUGCCGGAUUAUCCGGUGCGAAGCAGCCUGGUUUGGAACAGCUCGCCGGGCGCCCUGCUCACGUUGCCCACCUUUGCCGACAGCUCAAGGUACAUGCCGUUUCUGCUCAACUCGAUGGGUGCGGAGCCGCGUCACAACUACACGGCGGUUAUCUAUGUGCAGAUUGGUGCCGCCCUGGGACCGAAUGCAGCGCUCUACAAGCUAGUCAGGACCAUCACGAAGAGCCAGUUCGUGGAGCGGAUCCUUGUCCUUUGGGCAGCCGAUCGGCCGUUGCCGUUGAAGAAACGCUGGCCCCCCACCAGCCACAUACCCUUGCACGUGAUUUCCCUGGGGGGCAGCACGAGGAGUCAGGGAGCUGGACCCACAAGCCAGACGACUGAGGGACGACCUAGCAUAUCACAACGAUUCCUGCCCUACGAUGAGAUUCAGACGGAUGCCGUUCUGUCGCUGGAUGAAGAUGCCAUACUCAAUACGGAUGAACUGGACUUUGCCUACACGGUGUGGCGGGAUUUUCCCGAGCGCAUCGUUGGCUAUCCGGCGAGAGCUCACUUCUGGGAUGAUUCCAAGAAUGCCUGGGGUUAUACGUCCAAGUGGACAAACUACUAUUCGAUUGUGCUAACUGGGGCGGCAUUCUACCACCGCUACUACAACUACUUGUACACCAAUUGGCUGUCGUUGCUGCUACUUAAGACUGUACAGCAGUCCUCCAACUGCGAGGACAUCCUAAUGAACCUGCUGGUCUCGCACGUGACCAGAAAGCCGCCGAUCAAGGUGACGCAGCGCAAGGGCUACAAGGAUCGAGAGACGGGUCGUUCGCCCUGGAACGAUCCCGACCACUUUAUCCAGCGCCAGAGCUGCCUGAAUACCUUUGCGGCCGUGUUUGGCUAUAUGCCGCUGAUACGUUCCAAUUUGCGCAUGGAUCCCAUGCUGUAUCGUGAUCCAGUUUCCAAUUUGCGCAAGAAAUACCGCCAGAUCGAGUUGGUCGGCAGCUAGCGAUAUGUGCAUCCUGGCAAUAGCUACAAGCGUUAAUAGUACUGAAUACAUAUACACCACACACCCACAGCUACACCAAUACCAAUACCAACACUACCAUCAACACCAAUAACCAUACGAAUAUGAACACAGAAAAAACACACACACACAUAUGUUUAGAUGAAAUGCUGUUUUUUGACGCUGGCCAAGCGAUGCAAGAACUAUGUUAAUUAUUAUUAGUAGCGAAAAGAUGAAACUUAGUUAGGAGCCAAAGGGCGCUUGUAAAUGUAUGUAUGUGUACAUCGAUGUAAACAUACGGCAUCCUUUGCAAUUAUAUAUGCAAUGUGUAUAUAUAUAUAGUCCUUAAAUACGAUUAUGUGAAUUAGCCUAGUUAACUGCAAGCGAAGCAAACGAUUUUGCCAUCUUUUUUGCUAAUUUCAAAUUAGCUGCGCUUAGCAAAUUUUCUAUAUGCAUACAUACAAUAUGUAAAUUGAUAUAUGUCUAGGAACAUAAGUAGCCGAUUUUUGUACUGUGUGAGUUGAGUUUUGUAUGUGUAAAUGUUUGUAUGUCCUUGUUGUAACUCUCCGUGUAUAGUUAGUGAUUUAUCAAUGUGAAUGUGUAUGCGCAAGGCACAGUCGUCUCAAUUUCAGUUUUAAAUUCCAACUUGAGGCUCCUCGAAUUCCGUAUAAAAAACACAUCGACUGUAUCUUUUGAUUAUCCGUGGCUAUUAUGGAACAGCAGCAGUAAUUGCCACUGAAAAGGAAUACGAACUCUUUUCGGGCCAUUCAGAAAUAAAUGCACAAAUCCGCCGAGGAGAAGCAAUUAACUAAUGCUAAGUUUAUGGUUUAAGUAGCUUUCCAUUUUCAAUUCGUUAUGUGCAAUUUUUUAUUUGGACACCUCAGUUUUUUAAUUCUUAUCGUGGCCAUUUACUGAAGUACGUAAAUCAAUUAUCAAUAUGCAAUCAACUUUUAACCACAUGCGCAUAUCAAAAGAAGAGGCUUCUCUGAAGCGAAGCGUUUUUAGUUUAAGCAACCACAAUUCUAUACAUAUACUAGAGCUAAAGUAUAUUUCUAUAACUAUUUUUUACAACAAAUAUACACGAUUGCAGAUGAAUUCAAUACGUUUGUUUUAUUAGUUGAUUUUUAAUUUGUAUUUACUUUUUCGCAUUGUCAAUUUCCAAGUGCGAAGGGCAAUAAGAGCUGAAAGCAAUAACUAAGCUUCAACAUAUCAAAUGAGUUUGGAUUGACCAGAAGCAUUUCAAUAUUUGUGCAAUUCUUUAUUCUACAAAAAAUAUUUGAACAGCCAAGCCAUUUAUAUUACGGCUUUAUUUUCAUGUAUCCAAAGAUUUCUGGAAACACAUAUAUAUAUUUAGGUUGACUGAAUUAUUGUACUGCUAUUUGUGUUUAUCCUGGCCAGAAAAAUGGUUCUUAGGAAGCCAUACUUGCAUACUUAGUGGGCAGUCGAUUGAUGCCCCGACUCUCGAAACUCGAAACUCGAAACUCUUGACUGCCAAACGGCGAAAUUGUUUAGCAUUUAUCAGUCGAAUAUGCUUAUCGGCAAUAUGAAUACAUACGUAUAUGAAUGGAUGCUGUGCGAAUGUCAAAACUCGACUGUGCCAGCGAGCAGACGGAAUCGAAUGGACGGACGGACGGACGGAUGGAUGGAUGGAUGGACAGGGACGACAAAUGCAAUGAAAUGUUCCCUAUCAGCAUGCACAUAAAUCAAACAUUUCAAACAAACAUUUUUGCCGUUGACUACGAAUAAUAAUAAUCAAAAAUGCCAGUUAUAUGGAUAUGCAUAUUCGGAAUGUGUGUGGCCCAAGGCGAAGGAUAUGCACAACACACGCACACACACUCACACACACACACACACUCUUAAACAGGAUACUCAUGCAUGCAUACACUGCAACAUAUACAUACAUACGUAUACAUAUAGGCAACUGUGGAAAGUUGAUAUCGAAUCAGAUCAAAUUUUGUACAGUGCGUUUUAUUUUUUGUAUCUGUGUGUAAAGGAUUUUUGUAUUAUAACUCGUAUAUAUAAUUGUAUUUGAGAAUUUGUAUUUGACACGACAAAAACAAAAACCAGGUAAACAAAGACACAAGAACAGACAAUUGCACUUUUUAUACAGAUUUAAAAACAAACAAACUAUACAUAGUGAAAGAUCUAAUCCAAGACAAAAGCAAACCAAAGCAAAACAAAACAAACAAUACAAAACAACUUGACCAAAAAUAUUGAAAAGGCUCCUUGAUCCCGCCCCGCCCACACAAAUACGAAAUGAAAACAAAAACGGAGUAUAAAAAAAGGCCAAACACAAACACGUAAAAUGAUUGCAAAAGCCAUUUAUUAAUAAUAAUAAAAUAGUUACUGCAGCCUGCGAGAUGGUAAUUAAAUUUAUUGCAUUAACAUUAACAUGAAGCAGCGCAGAAAUGAAAAAAAAACCGAAAACCUGAACACCCAACCAAUCUUAAUAAAAUGAGAAAAAGUUGAACUACGAAUAUGGAUGUUGUGAUACUAUUGAAAACUGCAUGUGCAUUCCCACCCAUUUCCCGCACAUUUUUUUUCAUUUAUUUCAUUUGCGUUAUAGGGAUAAUUGUGCAUAAUCAAUUAUUUUGCCACAUUUAACUGGGCAAGCCAUGUGUAAAAAAUUACAAGUGGAAUAUAUUCAUUCACCUAUUUGUAUUUCGAUGGGAUGUGGAUGUUCAAUAAAAUUAAAUACAUUCCAGCAAAUGAUGAUUCAAGCUUUGCAUAAAUGGCAGAACACAAAAUGGGAAAACCUAACACAUUGUAAAGUUAAUUGAAUUUUCAAGAAGUAAAGUUCUGUUAAAUUGGGCUAACUAGAUGAAAAUUACAUGUUAGUAAUAUAAAAAAUAACCCAGUUAUAUACGAAAAAUCCUACUGUUUAUUAAUAACUUGCCACCAUUGAGACAAUUUGCAUAGAAAGGCUUGACAAAAACGACAAUAAAAUGUGAAGAAAAAAGUUUUUGGAAAAAUGCAACGAUACGAAAUCCUAUCAUUUACGAUUCUUACUGCAUUUUACCAAACUAUAUCUACCGAAAUAUCAUUUUGUAGAGCUCAAACUAGUAAUAUCUGUGUGCUGGCAGUGCUUCUGGAAAAACAUAUCUGAGCUUAAGAUAGAUACUCUGAAAUGAAUUCACUCAUCUGUCCCAUCAGCUUAAUGCAAAAUGCCCAUUAAUUCAAUUGAAAUCAUUGCAAACAGGAAUGUCACUUGGCAAAUGAAAUUAUAUUUCUGUUUCUGUACAUUUCCAUUGGCAAAUAUGAGGUGAUUGGCAUGUUGCAGAAAAAAUAAUGUAAAUGCAAACCGUUCAUGAAAAUAUUUAUUUAUGUCCUGCCCGUUUGUUUGUUCAAAAUAAAUAAUACUUUCAAUUUGUACAGAAACCAUAAGAAAUCCGCGUUGAGCAGCCAUUAAAUGUAAACCAAUAUAUAUAGUGAAUGUGCUUAAUACUAUUGCCUAGUAAUGAUUGUUAAAGCUUAAGACAUACACCCACAGCCACAACACACCACAUAAGAACACACACAUGAACAAAUGUAAAUUACAUAAAUAAACCCAUGGAAGCGAAAACGCAGUAAGCCUAAACCGUAAAUUAUUGGCAAACAUUGCAGCAGAAAUAUUAUAUAUAUAUAUAUAUAUAUGUAUCUAUAUAUAUAAAAAACAACAAAUGUGAUUUUUGAAUAAAAAUUAAACUGAAACUCG